GGUGCCAUCAACACAAUGGUUGCCACUUACACCGAGCAACUCCUUAUAUACCAAGACGUUCGGUUGGCAUGGGCUGCACAGCUACCAACUCUCCCAGUAGCAGUCAGAGUGGCAAGAUUCUUGGAAUUAGAAGGAGUCAUUGUUACUCUGGACGGUCAAGGACGUGUCAAUUGUUGUUAUCUUGGUACGGAUCCUUCGUUUUCUGUAAUACCAUCUGUUGCAGCUCGUGAAUUUAAUUACGAGGAGGCACAAGAGGAGAUGAAGGAGCUAAACAAAAUUGCCAGGGAGCACAGCAAGUCGUCUUCGGAUGCUUUACCUGGAAUCGAAGAAGAGCUGAAGUUAAUUCCAUUUGUUUCGCCUGAAUUAGAUGCGACUCCAUUUAGACCUGACGAGCUAAUGGAAUCAGAGGAGGAUUCCAGGCCAUCUGUGACCGUGAAGUUGCGAGUGAAUUGUCAGUCUCAUAUGUCACUUUUGGAUGUCAUCAUCACCAUCCAUUGUGAGCCACCACUAUCCGUAGAUCACUCGAUAGCUCAUCUUAUGCAAAUAGGUCCUCCAAAUCCAGAAUCUGAGUUAGAAUUUAUAUUCUUCACCGUCGGCAAUUUCUUACCUCUUGACUUGUCAGUGACAGCAACAGCAUCAUAUGCAAACAGUACAGGAGCACCUCGUCUUGUUCAAUGCAUGUUUUCUCUGCCUCUCAGCCUGUUCUGUUCUGCUUGUCCGCCAGCGAAAUCGGCUGAACACAAGAUUACUUUAGAAACGAACAGACCGACUGUGCCAUUGCCUGCUAUAUUUCCAGAUUUCGAAUUGCCGGAUUUACCUCAGAAUGUUCUGGCCGUCCAGUUUCACUCCGAAGCCUGUGUAACCAUUUUAGCCUCUAAAAAUUCUCAGAGAUAUAGAUUGCAAUCAGAUGCAUUAGAAGCACUCAGUGCUGUGGUUGUGGAGUUUGACAGACGGAUACGAAACCAUUUUGGAGAUUCGCAGGAUUUUGAAAUCUCAUUUAUUGGGAAUCUGCCAACUUUGGAGUACUUUACACUCAUUGAGACUCAUCUUGAAGCUCGUUUGUUGGAAGAGACCUAUCAGCAUUUGCUAGCAGAAAGAGCUCAACAGUUCCGGUCAAUACAAAAACGUUUGUUGACUCGUUUCAAAGACAAGACGCCAUCUCCGUUGGCUAAUCUGGAUACUCUUUUGGAUGGCACGUAUCGACAACUGAUGGCUAUUGGUGAGGCGCAUAAAGACAAUUCGGUGUCUAUCCACCAGAAAGCGAAUUCACUAGCAUGUGGCACUAACCUCAUGCUGUACAUUCUCCAGCUACGAACUCGAAUGUCACCUGAUGAAUUUCGUGUUCUGUCCAGUGCCAUGUCUACGAGGGUGCCUCCUCCUGGAGAAUUGGGUUGGGAGGAAAUUACGUUAGCAUCUAUUCAACAUUUACUUAGAUCUUGCUUGGCAAAAAACGAUCGGGAGCAAUCAACUACAUCGGCAGCUCUAAAGAUGCCCCGAGACGCUACACGGUUGGAGAAGCAUAUCGCUCUAUUCUUUGAUCGGUUACUAAAGGGUGGGAAAUUGUCUCUCAUUCCACAAGCCAUCCGACCAAUUCCUAAAUCAGAAGCUCUCAAAGCUUCUGCAGGUGAUGAAAAUGACUCAGGAUUGGCAAUAAAUGGUGAUACAAAGGACAUCUUAUUACCAAAACAUAAUCAACCCAAUCCCAUAUCUCCUCCUCCACCAUCCGCUGAAUCAGCCGCUUUUGCUGUAUCGGCCGUCAUGUCGGCAGCUUUCAAAGGAAAGAGUCGUCUCAGUCCACUUCCUGAAGUCACAACAGGGCAGACAGUGUAGGGACUGGCGUGUGUUUUGCUAUUAGAUUAUAACCAUCGACAAUAGAUAUUUUAUUUUUGUGGGAGUAGGGCGGCACAGCAGCGAUGUCAGGCCACAGACUGUAUAGCUAAAAACUGUAGUGACAAACUUGAUACUAUACAUAAUGUACAUGUAUUAUACAGUCUCCUUGUAGACAGUAUGAAGUUAUUUGUCUGAAAGUGUCAUUCAAAGUCAUUACAGGUGUAAUGUCCAUGGCAAAGUCUUACUGUGUUGUACAAGCUUGGUGCUGUGACUAAUAGAAAUAGGUUUUUGAGCUUGUUAAAUACAGGAAAAUCAAGAAUAAAGGAU